AGAUUCCGUGUCCAAAAGUAUCUCCUUUUUUCUCGUUAAUACAUAUUUUCUUAGAACUUUCCAUUUUAUCUUUGAUCGUAAUGUUAUUAUAUUAGGUCGUGUUGCCUAUUUCUUUUUUUAGUUUUAAUUUUUUUUUAUUUAAAGCCACCAACCAAAAGGCCCUUUUCUCACCCCUCUCUCCCUCUUUCUAGUUUUCCUCUAUCUCUGUUCCUGCCAAAGUAGCCAGCAGCAGCACGGCAGCGGUCGCCAUGUCUCUCCUUAGUGAUCUCAUCAACCUCAACCUCAGUGAUGCCACUGAAAAGAUCAUAGCUGAAUACAUAUGGAUCGGUGGAUCUGGUAUGGACUUGAGGAGCAAAGCUAGGGUGUGUUUCAUUACUCUGCCUAAACUAGUGACUGACCCUACAAAACUCCCCAAAUGGAACUACGACGGUUCGAGCACGGACCAGGCCCCCGGAGACGACAGUGAAGUUAUUUUGUACCCACAAGCGGUUUUCAAGGAUCCCUUUAGAAGAGGAAACAACAUCUUGGUGAUGUGCGACGCAUACACCCCUGCCGGCGACCCCAUUCCCACCAACAAAAGAUUCAAUGCGGCCAAGAUCUUUAGCCACCCUGACGUCGUUGCUGAGGAACCAUGGUAUGGCAUUGAGCAAGAGUAUACUCUUCUUCAAAAGGAUGUUCACUGGCCGGUUGGAUGGCCAAUAGGAGGGUUUCCCGGACCGCAGGGUCCCUACUACUGUGGAGUAGGUGCUGACAAAUCCUUUGGCCGGGACAUCGUGGACUCCCAUUACAAGGCUUGCCUUUAUGCUGGCAUAAACAUCAGUGGAAUCAAUGGUGAAGUUAUGCCUGGUCAGUGGGAAUUCCAAGUUGGUCCAUCUGUAGGGAUUUCUGCAGGGGAUCAACUAUGGGUUGCUCGAUACAUUCUCGAGCGAAUCACUGAAAUCGCAGGAGUGGUUCUUUCUUUUGAUCCCAAACCAAUUCCGGGUGACUGGAACGGUGCUGGUGCUCAUACUAACUACAGCACCAAGUCAAUGAGAAAUGAUGGCGGCAUCCAUGUGAUCAAGAAGGCGAUUGAGAAAUUGGGUUUGCGCCACAAGGGGCACAUUGCUGCCUAUGGAGAGGGUAAUGAGAGACGUCUAACUGGUCGUCACGAGACAGCAGACAUCAACACAUUCUCCUGGGGUGUUGCAAACAGGGGAGCCUCCAUCCGUGUUGGUCGUGACACCGAGAAAGCUGGAAAAGGCUACUUCGAAGAUAGAAGGCCAGCAUCCAACAUGGAUCCCUACGUUGUUACAUCGAUGAUUGCUGAAACCACCAUUCUCUGGAAGCCUUAAGAGGGGGAGGAAACUGGAGCUUUGGAAGAUGAGAAGGAAGAACCUACAUCAGAUUAAAUCUCUAUUAAUAACCCUCUCAUCUUCUUUGUUGGGCGAGCGGGUGGAACUAGUGUUUUAUUGCUUUGAAUUGCUGGGUUGCCAUUUAACUUGUGUUGAUUUUUCCUUUUAGUUUAUAGUCUUUUGGUUCUGCUGAUUGUUGGAGCAAACGAACUUAUGGUCUGUUAAAUAAAAAGGUUGUUGAUUUAAAUUA